GUCUCUCUCUAAAACUGAGUACAAAAGAUGACGUCACCAAACAGUCCAUCACCAACAUCAUCGUCAUCGGACCAAUCUGAUGUAACUACAACAACAAGCACCCACUUGUCUGAAACUUCACCCAGAAAAAACACAAGAAAGAGAAGAAGAGUCUCAUCUUCAUCUUCUUCCUCUUCUUGUUCUAAGCAUCCUGUUUACAGAGGUGUACGGAUGAGAAGUUGGGGCAAAUGGGUCUCUGAGAUCCGACAGCCUCGUAAAAAGACUCGGAUUUGGCUCGGCACUUUCGCCACCGCAGACAUGGCGGCUCGUGCUCACGACGUCGCUGCUCUCACCAUCAAAGGCUCCUCCGCCGUCAUCAACUUCCCGGAGCUGGCCUCUGUUCUCCCUCGUCCGGCGUCAUCUUCACCGCAGGAUAUCCAAGCAGCCGCCGCAGAAGCCGCAGCUAUGGUUGUCGACGGGAAAAUGUCAGAGCCGGAGGUGGAGGAGGCAGCACCGUCAUCGGAAUCAUCUUACUUGGCGGCGGAGUCAGAGGAGGAGAGGUUGGAGAAGAUUGUGGAGUUGCCUAACAUUGAGGAUAGCUACGAUGAGAGCGUGACGUCACGCGCUGAUCUGUCUUAUUCUGAGCCGUUCGAUUGUUGGAUGUAUCCUCCUCCUCCUCCGGCCAUGGAUUUUUAUGAAGAGAUCUUGGAGUUUGAUUUCUUGGAGUUAUGGAGUUUUCCUCACACGGAACUGAUUAAUCACUAAUUAAGUUUAAUUUAUUAAUUGCUGUCAUGGAUAGCAUUUGUGUUGCUUCUAUCUGUACGGGGUAGUUUUUUUAUACGUAGUUUUUUAUACGUAGUGUAGACGUACAUGUGUACGUAGUGGUAGACUGGUAGUAUGUUGUCAGCUGUAACAUACGGUACCAAGGCUAGUAUACAAUUAUUGUAACAUAAUUUAUAUAUAGAUAUAUACAUA